GGCACUGCAAUCGUUUAGCCUUCACGAAGUGUCAUUUCCUGUGCAGAAAAGCCCGUGGGUUUCUAUCUUCCCAGAAUUAUCCAAAAAAUAACCACAUUAAAAUAUGGCUAGUCUAGUUGGAAAAACUUCGUCGCUAAUCAACAACACGCUCAGUGCGGCUCGCCCCAAGCUCAACGUUUUCCUGAAGUAUGCAAAAGUGGAAUUAACUCCACCAACGCCAGGAGACAUCCCUGCCAUUCGCCAGGGUAUCUCCCGUCUUAUUUCUGGUGCCCGGUCAGGUGCCUGGCGCAAUGUCAGCGUUCGCGAAGCUUGGCUAAACACCCUCGUCACUGCUGAGGUAUUCUUCUGGUUCUACGUUGGGGAAUGCAUUGGCAAGCGCCACUUGGUUGGAUACAAAGUAUAAGGAAUCGUUACCUAUCCGAUGAACUCAUUAAAUUGCUAUUAGAAAAAAUGUAAUGGAAAUAAAUGUUCGUAUCCAAUGAGAAAAA